GGUUAUUAAUAAUUCACCAGCCACUGCACGAGUCCAUCCUCAGAUCAACCCGAGCGUUCUGCACGGGCCACGCACGGCUAGCACGUUUAUUUUGGCAACUACUCUUACCCAGGCUACUUAACAUACAUUAAUUAGAUAUUUGAAACGUUAGCGCGCCGCCGGUAUUCGUUUCAGCGACGUAAAAGUCUGUAUUGCUUUCACGCAUCGCUUUUGAUUCCGCGAUAUCCACUUUGCGCGAGAUGACGUCCUCUCCAUAAUAAUUGAUCGAGUAAUCCGUGCACCGAGGAGGAGGUCAUGGAGAUCAGCCUGAGGAGGUCUCCAGUGGGAUGGAUGGCGAUCGAGCACCAAUUCGCACAGAGCCCGUGAGCUGAAGCUGCGCAGGCGGAAAGUUGCUGUCGCACGGCGCGAGCGACUCAAACCACCGGAGAGACAGACGCUGGAACCGGGAGGGAUUCGUACCGGGGAGCUUGGGUGAACGGAGGAACGGUCUUCCCCGGAUUCAUCCGAAAGCGCAGUUUUGUUUAAGGUUUUUGUACCGAAACGAUCCCCGCGAAAGUUUUCCGUGCGUAAAAGUUGGCAAUUUUCCGCGAUCCACGGGCCCGUCCUGCAACCCGGUUCUUCUGCUUCCGGUAUCAACGGAGAAAACCGACUCAUUUGCUUUUGCUCUCCCACCACGCUGCUUUUUUUCGGGGAAAAGUUUUUUUUUCUAACGGAGUAAAAUGGGUCUUUGAGACUGUUGGCAAUAUUCCCCGCUUCACAAUGGCCACCGAACCGUUUCUGGUGAAUGAAGACCCGUCCAGAGGUCCUGGGAUACCAGAGUGCUUCGUCGUGUCCGAUUCCUACAGGGAUGAAUUCCAUCCCUUCAUCGAGGCUUUGCUGCCACACGUCCGUGCGUUCUCCUACACCUGGUUCAAUCUCCAGGCCCGCAAGCGCAAGUACUUCAAGAAGCACGAGAAGCGCAUGACGAAGGACGAGGAGCGCGCCGUCAAAGACGAACUCCUGGGCGAGAAGCCCGAGAUCAAGCAGAAGUGGGCGUCCCGUCUGCUCGCCAAGCUCCGCAAAGACAUCCGGCCGGAGUUCCGCGAGGACUUCGUGCUCACCAUCACGGGGAAGAAGCCGCCGUGCUGCGUGCUGUCCAAUCCCGACCAGAAGGGCAAGAUCCGCCGUAUCGACUGCCUGAGGCAAGCAGACAAGGUCUGGCGCCUGGACCUGGUGAUGGUUAUCCUGUUCAAGGGAAGCCCGCUGGAGAGCACAGACGGAGAGAGGCUGGUCAAGUCACCGCAGUGCUCCAACCACGGCCUCUGUGUGCAGCCGCACCACAUCGGAGUGUCCGUGAAAGAACUGGACCUGUAUCUGGCCUACUUCGUCCACACGCCAGAAUCUGGACAAUCGGAUAACUCCAACCAACAAGGAGAAGCAGACAUCAAACCUCCGCCCAAUGGGCACUUGAGUUUCCAGGACUGCUUCGUGACGUCAGGCGUAUGGAACGUGGCGGAGCUGGUGCGUGUGUCCCAGACACCAGUUGCCACAGCAAGCGGACCCAACUUCUCUCUGGCCGACCUCGACAGUCCAGGAUAUUACAACAUCAACCUGGGUCGCCGCUCCAUAACGUCCACACCAUCGACCAGGACUGAGAUGGAGUUGUAUGCCAGUCUCCCGCGGAGCUCCAACAAGCGUAAAUCGAUUGAUGACAGUGAGAUGGAGAGCCCGGUGGAUGAAGUCUUCUAUUCGGGCCGUUCCCCUGCCCCUGGAGUGUCCCAGGCCAGCGGCUGGCCCAAUGAUGUUGAUGCAGUGCAGCACCAUUUGGCCAGUAUGCAGGAGAGGAAGAUAAAACACGAAAGCGAUGGCGUGCAGUUUCCUUACCAUGGACUCUCUUCGCCUGGUUCUCUUAAGAAGUCGGGGAAAUUCGAUUUCAGCGCUCUGUCCGGCCAUACGAGGUCUGCACGCAUGCCGUUCACCCAUCACCCGCUGCCCAUGCUGGCAGGUGUAAGACCAGCAGGAAGUCCCCGUGCUUCAGCUUCCUCCCUGCACUUCCCCUCACCCUCCAUCAUCCAGCAGUCCAGCCCAUACUUCACCCAUCCCACCAUCCGAUACCACCACCACCCGGGACAGGACCCGCUCAAGGAGUUUGUUCAGUUUGUGUGUGCCGACGGAUCAGGACAGGCUAGUGGUCAGCCGAACGGGAGCGGCCAGAGCAAAAUGCCAGGCUCCUUCUUGCUGCCUCCACCCCCCCCUGUGGCGCGUCCAGUGCCCCUCCCAAUGCCAGACUCUAAAUCCAGCAGCACGCCCCCCGAUGGUGGACUCACCUCACCCACAUCUCCGUCAUACUCCACGCCAGGCUCCACAGCUCCCAACAGGUUUGUCAGCAUCGGAUCACGGGACAACAACUUUCUGAACAUACCCCAGCAGACGCAGUCAUGGUUCCUUUGACGAGGUCCUGCCUGCAACCUGUCGACACAAUUUGGAAGUUUAAUGACAAAAAAAAAAAAUCCUCCUCUUUUGAAAAUCCCCUCCGACCCGAAACGCACCCUAAGAAACGUGAGCAGCAUAUGAUUAGGAAACGUUUGACCCUGUAUUAGCCAACCGUCAGACGCCCUUCAACCUCCGAAAAAGACUUUCAGAUCACAGCAGGAGGAGAGGGACCGACACGCACCUACAGCACCAAACCAACGGCAACAGAGGAGCAAGAACCCGGUGAACACAGACACAAUAUGUUACUAGGGACAAGGAUCUAGUGUACAGUGGCUGGGAUUAUCAACAGUUUCAGUGGUGAGGAUUCAGACACAACAAAAACCCAAGAUUUUGACCAAUUAAACUUCAGAUUUUUGUUUUCAAAACACUUAAACAUGCUGACUUUCAGCAUCCAGGCAACACUAAAUAAUGAGAGCCCCUGACGUUUUACAAUUUUAGCUUAUAAGCAUGCAGUAGAAACGUCUUUUUUUCCCUUUUGCAGUCAAUUACUAAACUAACUACGAACAGCAGAAGUAUUGCACUACAGUAAUGCGAAGAACACUAGUUUGACGUGCACUAUUGAAAAUGGGAUCGUCGGCAGACGUUAUUUGCACAUUUUAUUGCGGAGGAAAAUUAACCUGGCACACUAAAGCUACCCAGAGACACGGUCUCAUUUUCAAGCCUCAAAUUCAAUUUUUUAAUAAAACAAAAGUUCAUUUUAGGUGUUUAGUGCCAACUAGACAGCACCAGAUUUUAGUUAGUGCUCCUAUAGGACGAAUAAAGCCAGCCAGCACACACUUACGGUGCGGUCACAUUCACCAAAUCUGUCUUGAUGUCUUGAACCUGAUGAGAAGUCAUGAUCACGUGGAUUCUUAUUAAAGGGAUAGUUCACCCAAAAAUGAAAAAUGUCAUUAUUUACUCACCCUUACUCAAGUUGUUCCAAACCUGUAUGAGUUUCUUUUUCGGUUGAACACAAAGAUGAUGUUUGGGAAAAGGUGAUAACCAAACAGUUGAUGGUAGCCAUUGACUCCUAUAGUAUUGUUUUUUCACACUAUGGAAGUCAAUGGCUGCCGUCAAAUCCUUUUCAGUUUUUGGUGAAUUAUCUCUUAUAAAUGACUAGAUUUGCGCUUUGAAGUUUCGCCGAUCAUUUUUACAGUCAUGUGACUGAGCUCAACUUUAAAAUCAUUCGUUUGGGGAUAAUUUUUUAUAAUUUAAUAAAAAAGUUGUGUAUUGACAAUAGAGUAGUGAUGCACGAAACACUAAAUUCGCUGGUCAACAACAAAUUUGUUUGACAAUCUUGAACCUAAAUCGAAAUCUGCCAAGUGAUUAUUAGUGAUUAGUUUUCUAAAUUUGAAUUCAUGAGGAAUCCUAUCAGAAUGACUAAUUUCCCCUGCAAAAUUUGACUAAAUGUGACCGCACCUUUGCAGCCAUGUGACAGUUCAAAUUUUUAAUUGUAAAAAAAAUAAUAAUAAUCAUUGCAUUCUUUUGUCAUUUAAAAAUCAUUUCUCUCUGUUUUAAAAUUUAAGCCAUAUGUCUGAACUUUGUUUUAAAUAGUAAAACUUUUAAUUAGAAGUAUAAAAAUAAAUUACGUAAUAAAAAAUAUUUUCUAGUAUUUUUUUUUACUAGUCCCAGCCAGUAAUUCUGUCAUUUAUAAUGGCUGUGAAUUAAUUUCAUCAUUGUAGCGAGGCAUAAUAAGAGUCCUUGAUUCAUCAGCACUAAUAAAGACGGCUCUAGACACGCCCACUUCUGUUUUGUUUACGUACCUGUUUACACUCCCAGAAGUCCAUGUUCCAAGAACAAGUGACCUUGCUGCGGAGCAAAAGAAUGUGUGACAUAUCAUAGCCGUGCUCAGAGGGAGGUGGGCCACUCGGACCGCUUUUAUUAGACGCCGCAUUUCACCAUUCACUUCAGUAGAUUUACUCUAAAUUUGGUAAGGUUUCAUCAUGGCUGUCUGCAUAUAAACACACUCUCCUCCGCAGAUUGACUACAAAGGGAAGCCUUUACAGUAGGGCGAACUUCAUCCGCUGAUAAAGUUGUUUUUCAACACAGCUGUAAUCGGUAACCUCACAAAAUAACUGGACUGCCUGACCAUGUAUCUCACUGCAGGGAAGCUUUGUUGCCGGAUGGCGGCCGUGUCAUCGCUUUGCUAGAAACUAACACGAGAAUCGUGAUGGCAAUGGUCUUUUCUUUUCUAAUCAAAGGAAGUGCCUCUGUAUUCCCAUUAUGCAAUUUGUUAAACAUGAAUUCAGGUUAUUUUCUUGCAUAUAAGCUAUAGAGGAGCGUGAAAUUUUUAUGAAAAAAAAAAAAGAAAACAAGCGUCGGCUCACUAGUUACAAACAUCUUUAUAUAUACAGGAUAUAUCCAUAUAUAUUUAUAUAUACAUUUUUUUUCUUAUUUGCCUAAUAAGCUCAGUGGCAGUCUAGUUAUUUUUUGAAGUAUGACAUGAUCAUAAAUCAGAUAUUCAUUCAGAAGUACCAGUCCCGAAAAACCCAGUUAACUGCACUUAAUAAUAAUUAGAGAGAAAAAAAAUAAAUAAAUAAACUGGAGGAAAUCAGAUUUCCGCUGAAAAUGUAUCAAUAGCGUAGUUAUAAAAAUAAAAAAAAUGCACGGCUUUUGAUUUCUUUUGUGUUUGGACAGGAAGUAUUUGUUAUUACAAAAUAAAGUGUGUUGAUUGAGCCAUGUGCAAUGCCUUGGGUAGAAGCUGUGUUUGUCUCAUUGUUAGGGUGUACAGGAAAGCGUAGCGGUGAAAAUCCUUCUAUUAUGUAAAGUCCACGCUGUCCGGGACUCUAAACUACAGGGCAGAGAGAGUGAGAGAAAGAGAGGACACGCUCUUUGUAAGUUUUGGGAAUUUGUUUUGUAAGCUUUCCUUUUUUCUGCUUUUUUUUAAUGUUUAUUUGUAAUAAUUUGUUCUCAAAACUUAAGGAGGGCUGAAGAAGCAGUUUUUUGCGACACGUCAGAAUAUAUCACUAAAUAAAACAGGUGCUUUUUAUGGAUCAAAGUACGCUCGAUCUCUAUUAUACAUAAGACGACGAAAAAUAAGUGUUAUCGAGACAAAUUUUAGAAGAAAAAAUGUUACUCUUUCCUUUUUGUAUUUAGUGAAGGUGGGGGUGGGGGGGGGGGGGCGGGGUUCAUCGUGGACAAGGUUGUGACAAAAGGCAUUUUUCCUCCAACCUUUUCUCCGAAGCGAUCAAAGAAUGUCGACUGAUGACGUCCUAAGAGGUUUUACGACUUUUAACUAGCUAAAAUGCAGGAUUUUUCCGGUAUUUUUGACUUCAUGCUAUGCAUUCCAUUUUUCCAGGACUUCCAUGCUUUGGAUCGCCCGAACCACCAUAGUCUUUAACAAACUUCCCGUCUGAACUUCGCUGGCUUUUUGUACAUAGAAAAUUUUGAAUUUGUGUGAAAGGUAUGACAAGAUCUUCCCUGUUUAUGGGAGAGGCUUUAACACAGCUCGAAUAAACUAAAAUGCUUGUUGUAAGCUAGAAAUUUUGGAGUAUGAAGAGAGAUGGGAGGUGUGAUGUGGAUUUGCUAACUUUUAAACUUGUGAAUCUCACACAAAUUUUCAAGACAUUUUUGUCUACAGAGCCACGCACAUGACACUAGGACAACAGUAUGUUUAUCAUAGCCAUGAAUUAAGAAUUUGUUCCCACGUUUUAUUCAUUUAUUCCCGCGCUUUAGUUAAAUUGUGGUUGCAGAUUAAGAAAUUAAUACCCUCGUUUUCAUAAUCAGGAAAUUGCUAAAAAGUGGCCACAAUUUACAAACACAAGGAAGCAAACAAGUAAAACAUGGCUACGAUUUAUGACAAUGAGUGAGCUAAAUUGCACAACAUGGCGCGAUUUACAAAAACAAGGAUAACGAAAAUUUGGCCAAAAUUUACAAAAAGCAAGUGAAUAAUUUUGUACAAAGACGCCACAAUUGAGAAGAAUGAGGGAUCAAAUUUGUACGUGGUUACGAUUUAUGAAAAUGAUGAAACAAAUUAUUACACUGUGGCCAUGAUUUACGAAAAAACAGAGCAGUUAUAACAUGACAACAAUGUACGAAAACGUCAGAACAAAUUAGUACAACAUGGUUAUGAUUUAUGAAAAUAAGAAAACUUAAGUCACAGAAGCAAAUUCUUAAUUUGUGGGGAUGAUUUUUUUUCUACGUCAUUUGUGGGGCUCUGUAGAUUUCAUUCAGAAAUCAUAAAGAAAAAAAUAUAUUGUAAUGUCAUUUGCUUUUGACAAAAUAUGAAAACAAAAUAUAAUUUGUCUUUUGAUUUUGGGGUGAAACGUGAUUUAUUUUCAUAAAGAGAUUUACCCAAACUGAUUCCCAAACAAAGUCAGCGACCAAUCAGAAAGAGAGAGUUGGAAUUGAACCCCUCCCCCCUGAACGCGCAGCGCCCUCUACUGGCCCCUGUGUAAAUGACUCUAAAUAUUUGUUUUGUGAUCUAGUGUUAGACUCAGAGCAUCAUAAAGGUUGUCCCUAAAAAGUGCCUUUUGUUCACAGACACCAUCUUGUAAUCCUGAGUGCCCAUCUCAAAAAAAAAAAAAAAAAAAAAAUAUCCCCUCGUUCAACCUUCUGUAUUUCUCCUUCCGCGACUUCUUCAAAGCAGUAUAUAUAGUACUAAAGGAAAUCGGUGUGACUUAGUUCCUCUUUUUAUUGUUGAAUAAUUAAGAAAACUGUAAAAAAUAGAAAAAAAUGACAAAAAAAAACUUUCUGUCUUGCUUUUCCUUCAUCUGUAAUCUUGUCUUCUGCCUCUUUUGGACACUGGAGUAGUCUAUAGUUGCAUAACCAUCGCCCUUUUCCCUGUGCCCCUUUUCUCUGAACGGAGGGGUUUUAAAAUGUACAAAAAAAUAAUAAUAAAGAAAAAAAGAAAAAAAAAAAUGUCUGAGCAGAAUGCAGUUAGCUCACAUGUUAUUCUUGUCUGUACGCUUCACGUUGUAUUCAUACCGAUCUCUUCAGCUUCUCCAUUGAACAGUUAAUGUACGUGAACAAGUUACGCCGGUGAGCUCUGGUGGGCCGUCCGACAGACGGGCGUUUCAGCUGGACGCGGUUUGCGAAAACAAUAUAGAGGCCGACUGCUGAGGUAGAAUAGGCGAGUUUUUGAGCUAUUUAUUUCUUUUUUGUUACCAAAUUAAUUUGAUUUGCUAUAAUCUGUUUGUAUUGAUAUUGCAUUGAGAAUCUGUAUUGAUGAUGCACCUUUGAAUGGUUGUACGUGACCAGAUACUUAAAAAAAAAAGAAAAAAAAAAAAGAAAAAAAAAGUUCCUGUCAAGAUGAAGCACCUUAAAAACGGAGUGGUUUCAGCCCAGGGAAAGCGACAGUUUCAAAGCGACCGCGAGCCCAGCGUUACGAGCCAAACUCAUUGACCAAAAUAAUGCACGCCAUUAAAAACCUGAGCGAAACUAAAAUUAACUUAAACUCACCAGCAAAAGCCAACGUUGUGCGCUUAACGACAACUUGCUUUCUCCCUAAAACAAAAUAUGCAAUUGUUCCACUUUCCCGAGUCCGUGAAGCCGGCGUCUGUGUUGGCUUUGAUUUAUUAAUAACUGUAAUAAGUGAAAGCCAUAGCGACGAACACGUGUUUGCCGCUCUCGUUGUCCCUCCCUGGUACUGACCGUCCAUUUUCUUUCUUUCGUAUUUACUUUUCUAUUUUUUUUUUUGUUGAGCGGGACAUUCGGAUGAGUUUAGAGUAGCAUGAACCCUCGGCGGCUCCGUCUUGUUUGAACUCGUCAUGCGGCGCCCUUCUCAGUCCACACGCCUUCCAGAGCUCAUGGUGAAAUGCAUGUGUUGAUUACAAUUUCUUUUCCAUAAUAAGAAAAACAAGUAAGAGCAGCACCUUUAACUGAUUGAAUAAAAGGAUGUUCUUGAUUGUAA